AUGUCCUCCUCCUCCUCCUCCUCCUCAGCCCAACCCGCCCUCCCCUCCGGCAUCUCCCCCUGCUGCCUCACCGGCUUCCGCUGGUCCGGCACUCCCCAACGAACCGUCCUCCCCUCUCCCCUCCCCGGCACCACCAACGCCGUCUACAAAACCGGCACGAACCCGCGCGUCGCCAUCCUGUUCAUCCACGACGUCUUCGGCUGGAUCUUCCCCAACGCCCCCUGCUGCCUCACCGGCUUCCGCUGGUCCGGCACUCCCCAACGAACCGUCCUCCCCUCUCCCCUCCCCGGCACCACCAACGCCGUCUACAAAACCGGCACGAACCCGCGCGUCGCCAUCCUGUUCAUCCACGACGUCUUCGGCUGGAUCUUCCCCAACGUGCGCCUGCUCGCCGACCACUACGCCGCCGAAGCGAACGCCACGGUGUUCGUCCCGGACUUCUUCGACGGCUUCGUCUGUCCGCCCGAGCUUUUGAUCGAGGAGCGCUGGGCGGAGGUCGAUCUUAAGCGUUUCGCGAAGGAGAACGCGCGUGAGGUGCGCGAGCCCGAGAUCUUUGCGUUUGCUAGGGCGUUGAAGAGCGCGGAGGGGGGCGGGUUUGAGAAGCUCGGGGCUGUCGGGUACUGUUAUGGUGGGUGGGCGGUGUUUAGGUUGGCUGCUGCUGAGCAUGAGUCCGAGGGUUCUGAGGGGAAGGGGAAGAAGUUGGUGGAUGCAGUGACGGCUGGUCAUCCUACUUAUUUGACCAAGGGGGACAUUGAGGGGGUUUCAAAGAACGUGCCGGUGCAGGUGUUGGCGCCGGAAUUUGAUCCUGCGUAUCCGGCCGAGUUGAAGACGCAUACGUUUGCGACACUGCAGAAGCUGGGAGUGCCGUUUGAGUAUUCGCAUUUCCCGGGAGUGCAUCACGCUUGUUUCAUUAGGGGCGAUGAGAGGAAGGAGGGCGAGAGGGAGGCGAUGGUUAGGGGGAAGAAUGUAGCGGUUGCGUGGAUGAAGUAG